AUGGCUGUCCACCCGCCGACAAGCCUCGAUCCUUUGAAACUAUUGACUGAGGUACAAACCCUAAUCUUGACAGUCCUUCUCUUCUGGUAUACGAAACAAGCAUCCAAGAAGAUCGACGAGAUGUCAGCCGUUGCCACGCCCGCUCUGAACGAUACUCUCCCCAAGGGUGACCGCAAGAAGCGCAAUAGUCAGGACAGCAACGACAGCGCUGAGGGAAACGAAGUGGCCACGCUAGCAGACAAAGCGACUGGCAAGAACGUUUCGACCACCAAAGACGAUGAUGGCAAAAAGGAGAGUCUGAACAUCAAGAUCCACCUGGAUUUGAAAGUCAAGGUGAAAUUGGAACUGGACGCAGAGAUCUAUGGAGAUGUGGUGAUUGGGUUGCUGUGA